UCCUUUCUUUAAACGUGAUCACAGUACCACAUUCAAUCCUCAUCUGCCUCAGUCUUUUUUGUAUUCUGAAUGCAGACCUUCCAUCACCUCAAAAUCUAAAACCGCAAAUAUUUUAGCUAUUUUACAAGCAAUGGAUGUUGUAAACAGAUUGGUGGAACAGAAGCCUUUGGUAAUCUUUACCAAAAGCUCUUGUUGCAUAAGCCACUCAGUGAUGCAGCUCAUUAGUAGUUAUGGAGCAAAAGCAGAAGUCUAUGAACUGGAUAACAUGCCCAAUGGGCAAGAAGUAGAUAAAGCGCUUCAAAGACUAGGGCUUUGGCCAAGUGUUCCAGCUGUUUUCAUAGGCCAAAAAUUAGUUGGUGGAGCUAAAGAUAUUAUUAGCCUGCAGGUUCAAGGAAGACUUGUGCCAAUGCUUAAGGAGGCAGGAGCUUUAUGGGUUUAGAAAAACAUUGCUUACGUAAAUUUCAUAAUAUUCUAAAUUUGUCUUUUAGAUACUACUAUAUUUUCAAAACUUGUAACUAAGAAAGAACUAGCUUCUUCUUUUUAAUUCCUUCAUCCAUGUUUUUCAUUAUUGGAUGAAAACAUGUUUACAUGUAGCAUAUAUAUUGUAUAAUGUUUUUGAAGCUCAACUAAUGAAGUAUGUAUUUCACUAAAUUACUAUAAAGCCUUCAAUAUUGAUUUAUUAUUAGAGUUCCCUUAGUUUAUUAUAAACUUCAGCAUCAUACACAUUCAGCUAGCUGAGUUGCCAUGAUAUAUUAACAGUAGUAGAGCAGUGAA